CAUAAUCACACGUAUCCCGGAGAAAUUUAUCGCUCGUCUAUCCCAACUUCAAGCCUCGUCGCGUAAUUUAUUAUCAUAAGCGCAUUAACAUAACCUCAUCCGAUUUUUAAAAAAUUCGUGUUAAUUGCCAAUACAACAACAAAGCGUUAACGAGCGUUCGUCUAUCACGAAGGUGUGCAAAACUUUUUACACGAAUCCAGUUUCACGAAACCACCACCCUUCACGAUCGAACGAAGGUGAAGCCCUUGGAAUAUACUUAUUUAACGUCUAAUCGAAUUAACCCUCUCUUUCUCUCUCUCUCUUUUUUCUUUCUCUCUCUCUCUCGUUUCCACGGCUGUUCGUUUCAACGGCCGUCAUUCAGAAGCGUAGAAUGGUAACGACGUAGUCGUUCCUCUCAAAUCUCGAACGUUGACGGAAGAUCAGGUGCAUGUCGAUUGUAGAGAUUUACAAUCAUCAAGUAGAGGCGAUGGAGGUGUUGAUCGACUGCUACUUCGACAGGUUGUUCUCGGAAAUGGAUCGAAGUUGUCUGGCCUCUCGAUACAAACGUCGCGAGAUGGUCGGCUAUUUCUCGGACGUGAUUAAUAGCUGUUCGCAAGCUGAGAACCUAGACAAGCAAGACGUCUGCGAGAGGAUAGUGAUGUCCGCCCUCCGCUAUCACAACAUAGCAAUGAUGGAGAACGGAUACGUGUGCCUCCUGGGCAAGUUCCACAACGUUCUCUACGUGGCGGCCAAACUCUGCUUCGAUUGGAACUUGGACAACAACGAGAUCGUGUCCCGUUUGCUCAACGACAUCUUCUACUGCGAGAAAACGUUCGAGCGUAUCCUCGUGGGCGCUAUUUUCGGCACUCGCGUCACUCACUUCCUGUCCGGGUGGAAGAGCGACUUCGAGGACCGCGAGGAGAACCUUCGCGCCCUCAUGUACUUCUUGCGCCACGCCACCCUGGGCAAACUCGAGUACCGUUGCGCCUGUUCCCCCGUCAAACGACGAUUCAUCGACGUUCCCAUGGAAUCUUACGGCCAGGUGUCGCCUUUCAGGGUGGCCAUCCAACACGGCUCGCCGGACAUCCUUCUGAUCAUGCUCCGUUACGGCGCCUCGGUCGAAUGCGACAAACUCGCCCCUACUCCCCUCGAGAUACUGCUGAGCAAGCUGAGCGAAUACGACGCCCGACCAGGAGGCCAGCAGGGGAACGCGUACCCGGAACACUUGCUCCUCUGCCUGAGAUUAGUGCUGAGGACCGUGACGACCGGUUUCGUGAAGACGCCCGAAUACAUUGCCGAGCAGAGCGGUGUGUUCAGCGUUUCCGUUUACGAACAGUAUCCGACUCUGGUCGAGCAGAAGCUCGUGCCGCCCGAGAGGAGCGGCCUUCGCCCCCCCGAAUUGAGACAUCUUUGCCGGUGCCGGAUCAGGGAGGCACUGUUCGAGAAUUGGGCGUUGCCGCACGGGAUACAGCAACUUCAGAUACCCGAGUCGUUGAGGAGUUACUUGGACCUGCUUCGAGACUGAGAUUCGAAAAUCUUUCAGGGAUUUGAAUUACGGUUCGGUUGUCGAGUCGCGCGUAUUUUUCGCGGAGGAGGAUAUUUUUUUCAUUGAGGCGAAAGGUGAAAGUUUGGGAGGAAUAUAGGCGGUGUAGGAGAAUCACGUGAAAUAAAAUUAUAUCGACUGUGAAAUCGGGGGCCUUAAAUAAUCGAUUCGAAUAUCGAGUAAAUUGAUUAGAUGUUUGUAAAGUGAUUCGUUAUCUUUACAGAUUUUUACGGAUGAAUCUGUAUCUGUAUGAAUAUUUCGUUUAAGAUAAAUAUUGUGUGAUACGUGAUAAAAAUUAUAUAUAUAUUUAUGUAUAUGUUAUUAUUAUAAUAAUGCGUGAUUUAUUACAAUUAGAUCCUCCUUUCUCAUCUUUUUCAAGUAAUAUUAAUUUUAUUGAUAUAACGUGAAAUUUUAUUAAAUCAGGAUUUAAUAAAAUCCUUUUUAAGAAGGAAAUUUUCUUCAACUUCUUGAAGAACAAAAAUUUAAUCACAGCAUAAGAAAUAAAUUUACUUGGAGAAAGAAAAUAAUAUAUAUAAUCAUAGACAGUUUCCAUGAGUAACGUUUAAAGUUUGAAGAUGAAAUCAAACGAAGUAUAGUGUAGCCUAAAUGUUAAAACAUAAACUUGUUCAUAACUUUGAAUGCAAUUUCUUUUAGACAACGUUUGAACUAUUGUAUACCAGUUAUCAACUUGUUGAUCGAACUAGUUCUAUAUAAUAGAGUGAUCGUAUAAAUUUCGAUGUUGGUGAAUCGAGUUUUCCAUGUAAUAUUUUACACGUGAUAUUUUAUACUGGAUCUAUGAUAGAACGUACAUAUAUAUAUAUAUACACACGUUCAUGACAGCGCAGAAUGUUCAAUUAUUCAAACGAUCGAAUUGUAACAAUAUGGACAGAAAUAGAAAUAAUAUAUAAUGUAAA